CACAAAUGGCUAAAGCAAUUCAAAAAAUUUACAAUAAUCCUAAUGAUCCUCUUAACCCACUUGAAGAUUUUAUUAUAGAUAAAGAUAUUGAAUAUAUGGGCAAAUAUGCUAAAGAUUUUCAUUUACCUUUAACUGAUAGAUCUAGAAUAUGGUUUAAAGAACUUCAUAUAAAUGAUGAUAUUUACAAUAACACUCUUACUUA